CUAUUCUCUCACGUGAUCCGCCGCGUAAUUAAUACGCUACUCUGUCGCGAUCAUCGAUGUCAUUGUCUCUUUUUCUGCCAGGGACCAUUCAAGAGAAGAAACCACGACGUUCGCCACAAUAAUGUGCGUGUUUAUAUUUUGCAGUGUGACGUAAACCAAUGGGAAUGCCGGCAGUGAGAAUUCCGACCAAUCACAAGCAACCCAUCCGAGUGCGCAAUUUGAACCGACCAAUCGGAGCGCUUUAUUUACCCAAAACAGCUGAAGACAGGGGAGUCGCCGCAGCCGCACCCCGCAGAGCUGAUAACAAGUCCAAAUCCGGCAUUUUUUUCGGCGAAAUGGCGAAAAAUACCUCCAGUUCGGCAUUCCGAAAGAUCGACGUUGACGCAUACAAUGAGGACAAUUACAAGGAGGACGAGCAGGGAGAACUGCAGUCGCCCCCGGUCGGUCCGGACGAAGCGGAAGUCAACUCUUACCUAAGCCAGGGUAAAAUGGUCGACGCCCUUAAGACUGUCCUUCGGAACGCACCACUCGGCUCUAAAAACCAACAAGUUAAAGACGCUGCCCUUGCGCUCACGAUGAAGGUUCUUCUGAACAUUAAGACCUCUCAGGUGGAGGAGGUCGUUUCAGCGCUUGACCCCGACCUUGUAGACAUCCUUAUGAAGUAUGUUUACAAAGGCUUUGAGUCGCCCUCCGAGGGCAGCAGCGGCCACCUAUUGGUCUGGCACGAGAAGGCUUUUGCCGCUGGGGGUCUCGGAAGCAUAGUCAGGGUGCUGACAGACAGUAAGAGGGCCUGAAGAAUUAUUAAUUCGCUGUUAAUUGUAAAUUUAAAUUUUUAAUCUCUUUAUCAGUUGAACAAUAUUAACUAACGAAAUAUUUGAUUCCAAUCGUUAAUUUUAAUGAGCAUUUAUGAAGAAGUAUUGAUCAAUGAAACUCCAAGGAUGCUGGAUUUUUCUGAACUACUUUAAGGUUGCAAUGCUGUAAUUUUAAAUGAUUUUUUGUCUUGCUCAAAACGCAAACUCUAUGAAACAAGUCAGUAGAGAAACUGAUUUAUGAAUUGAUAGCUGUUGAUUAGAAGCGAAAGUGCUGUUGAACACCCAUAAAUUGUCUUCUAUUGCUAAUGUUUAAUCAUUGAUUUCCAUAAAAAAUCAAUUUUUUGAA